GAUAGAACAAGCCACACAGUUUCUGCGAUCAUAUGGUUUCCCAACGGUUAUGACGCAACGGAACAAUAUACCAAUUUGCGGUCACAAUCGAUCUCGAUUCGCGAAGUAAACGAACCCGAGAUGAAAUUAAUAUACAACAAAAUCCCUAUCAAACGAGCUGCAGCCUGCACCACGCACGGCGCACGCGCCAGUCGAUCUCGCACACCCGGUCCGAGCGCAUGUGCCGCCGCCGUUCCAAACUCGAAAUUUAAAAUCGUAACCGUCAAUCGUACUACCGGCCAGUGACAACCCAAAACUAGUGAUGCAUUAGUGAUUUUUUUUAAAAGGAAAGUGAUCGACUAAUAAUCGAAUUAUAGGAAUGCGUAGAAAUCGUUUCGCACGAACGAACGGGUGGAAGACCAUCAUGGAGUAACCGCUGUUGGAGAACGAAGUGAUGGUAGAUCCCUGGAGCAGCAUGGACUCUUCAACUUCGCCGUUAACUGACUCCGUACCAUCCGCCAGCGAUGACUGCACCCCGUCCACUUCCAGUGAACCCCCACGCGGCUCGCAGGAUCCUUCCCCUCUGUCCCCCGAAGCGCGCCGCCCCAUCGACUCAAAACUCCCCAAACCCCCUCAGACCCUACCCCCCAAAACGGACAAAGCGCGCUCCCGGGACCUCACACUAGCCCUGGAUCCCGACCCGCUCCCGCGCCGGCACUUCCUCGACGACGAUUACCAGAACCCCUCCAAAUCGAACAUAGAAUGUCGCAUCCCCAAACCACACUUCCUCGACCACUCGCCGUCACCCGACGAAUUUGACGAGCGUAGCGACAUCACCAACCCUAACUUCCUCGACGACGAAGCUGAGGACGACCAAGCGCAAAAGAAAGCCGGCGCCCUUCCCAAGAAAACUACAAAGACUUCCUCAUAUUUACCUCAAGAGGAACGACCGCAUAGGACUAGUUACCGGAGUACCCUACAUUACGGCUUAGAAAAUGCGGCGAGAUCUAGUGAAAGAGACAAAAGAGCUUCGCAGCUGUACAGGGGGACGUGGCCCGGCGAACGGGAUAUUUGGACCGGCCACGACUCCGCCAGCGUCCGGAGCUUCUCAAGCAACGGCUCGGCCGACGGACACCGGCCCUCCUCCAACUUAGACAACAAAAUGGACUGCGUCAUCUCUCUCAUCUCCCUUCUUAGCUUAUCGCCAGAGAACAACGCGGACCUGAGCGGACCUCUACUAGAAAUGAGCAGAUCUGUAGAAAGCUGUAUCGCAAUGCGACAAGCGGGCUGCAUACCUUUAUUAGUGCAACUGAUCCACUCCAAAGUACCUAGAGAGACGCGAGACCGCGCCGCAAAGGCGCUACGAAACAUAAUCCACACUCAAACCGACGACAAAGCCGGCAGGCGAGAAGCGAGAGUCUGGAGACUACUCGAACAAGUGAGAGAAUACUGCUACAUCUUAGAAGAUGUCGUAGAAAACCGGAAAGAAGGGAAAGAAGUUAUCGAAGAUGAUGGUAGUAAACAUCCAAGUCAAAGCGUGGCUGCGUUGAUGAAGCUGUCCUUUGAUGAGGAGCAUAGGCACGUGGUGUGCCAACUGGGUGGUCUACAAGCUCUUGCGGCGUUAGUGAGUGGAGACCAAGCAGCCCAUGGGAGCAGAACUGACGAUAAUACGUGCUUGACGAUGAGGAAGUACGCCGGCAUGACGCUGACGAACCUGACGUUUGGCGACGGCAACAACAAGUCGUUGUUAUGCUCGUUUAAAGACUUCAUGCUGGCGUUAGUGGAGCAACUGGAGUCGCCCAAUGAUGACAUGAGACAGGUAACCGCUGCCGUACUACGUAACUUAUCAUGGAGAGCGGACACCAGCAGCAAGCAGGUCCUGCGAGAAGUCGACGCCGUCAAGGGCCUCACCAAAGCGGCUAUGACGUGCCAAAAAGAAGCCACCCUCAAGUCCGUACUCUCUGCCCUUUGGAACCUCACCGCCCACUGCUCCAUGAAUAAGGUUGCCCUUUGCUCCGUCGAUGGGGCUUUAGGGUUCCUCGUCGAUAUGCUUAGCUACGACUCCCCGACCAAAACCCUCGCCAUCGUCGAGAACGCCGGCGGCAUCAUGCGGAACGUCUCCAGCCACAUCGCGGUUCGCGAAGAUUACAGGCAAAUUCUCCGCGAGAGAAAUUGCUUGAGUGUCUUACUGCAGCAUUUGAAGUCCCCCAGUCUCACCGUCGUGAGCAACUCCUGUGGAACGUUGUGGAACCUCUCUGCGCGCUGCCCGCAGGACCAGCAGUUCCUAUGGGACCACGGAGCCGUGCCCAUGCUCCGCAGCCUCAUCCAUUCCAAACAUAAGAUGAUAGCCAUGGGCUCUGGUGCGGCCCUAAAGAACCUUCUCAACUCCAAACCGGGAAAAACACACAUCAUCUCGCUAGACACCACAGCGAGAACUAUGAACUUGCCUGCUCUGCCUACACUUGGAGCUAGGAAACAGAAAGCUCUCGAACAGGAAUUAGACCAGAAUUUAGCCGAAACCUGUGACAACAUCGAACCGGCGACCUCCCCCACUACAAGCAACAGGGACGAGAAGAGUCUCUUCACGGCCACCGAGCGGCAGAUCGCCAUGAACCUCAACAGAAUGUCCUCGAGCUCGCCUUUAAUGGGAGCUCUGACCUCACAAAUUUCACUCAGCCACAGCGCGCAUCUCGCCAGUUACCUGAGCUGCAGUAACACUUUAUUAAAAGGUGCUUUAGUCACUCGAUCUACCACAGGAAGCUCUAGUAACGUCAACCGUUCAGACAGCAAGGAUUCCGUAACGAGCGCUCAUUCCGACACAGUGUUCGAAAGGGUCAUGCGCACUGGAAAAGUCCCCGUACCAACACCCAGAAACAAAGACUUGAUGAAGAGUGAAACAGGCGGCGAAGCGUUUAAAAUGGCCUCCAAACCUUUAGCUAAGGACGGUUUCCUGCGAUACCCGACGCAACCCCCGAUACCACCACCAAGAACGACCGAUAUGAGAACUAAUUACACAGAGUCCGGUUACGACGUCGACCAAGACUCUUGCGACCAGCCUAUAGAUUUCAGUAGGAAGUAUUCGGAAACCAAAACUAACGAGCCGGAACCGUCUUUAGCUGAAGGCAAACCCAAAGCUACCAAAAAAUACAAGAAAGACAGUCCGAGCACCUUCGGAGAUUACCAAGAGACAGAUUUAGACCAGCCAACGGAUUAUUCCCUCCGCUACGCUGAGCACCAAUCAGAAAACGGUUCAGAUAUCUCCGAGCCGGCCGCCCACGAGGACACUAUCAAACACUUCGCCACUGAGGGCACUCCGUACGAAACCCCCAUCAUUUUCUCCACCGCCACCUCCAUGUCUGACCUUAGAGUCAUAGGCAAAGAUGGGAAACCAAAAUCAACACCAAGCGUGAAAGAAAACCCUGAAGUCAUGACGCAUUCGGACGAAAAGGAUACUUGCUCUAUAGAAGAUCCUCCGCGACACGAUAACGACAGAGCGAUAGUUACUCCCCAAAACCCUGAACCGAUCCCUGAGAAACGAAGUGUCUUCGACACGAAGUUCAGUUCAGGGAUGAUAAGUCCAGAGAAACCAGUGAACUAUUGUGACGAGGGUACUCCUGGGUACUUUUCUCGAGUUAGUUCAUUGAGCAGUUUAGGUGAACCUACAGAAGAAGACAGUUUGGCGAAGAAGAAUGCCAUGGCUACUAUUAAUGUAGAGCCGAGCGUUCAGGACCAAAGCGCCAGCUCUUCGAAGGAUAAAGAAGGUUCCAAAGCGGUGACAUUCGCAACGGACCCAGUAGCCUUAAGCUCACAACCUUCCACGCCAGGUCGCUUCGUAGAAGAUACCCCGCUUAUGUUCUCUCGCUCGUCCUCUCUGGGCUCGUUGCCUGAGGCCGAUGAGCAACCGGACCAGGGUUCAGUGCUGUCUGAAAUCAGCCGGCUGACGUCGGGCUGCAUCUCGCCGAGCGAGAUUCCGGACUCGCCCGGCGCGCCCGCCUCGCCGCGCUGCGCCGACCCCGUCACACCACCACCAGUAUGCGAACCGGAGUUGGACACGCGCGAUUGUCGCGAAGUGUCCGUGUUCGAGGAGCGCACUUCGCAGUUCAUGGUGGAAAACACUCCGGCGCAAUGUUCACCGCCGAACCUGAGCAGUUUGAGCAGCCUCACCAUAGAGGAAGAGGUCAAGCCAUCACAGCUAAGCUUGAAGUCCACCGAAGAAAACGGUUCCAAGAAUGACGGCAACGAACGCUCACCUGCACCCCGAGCUCUGCCUGUGAGGACGAUUAGUGAACCACUACGAGGAACCCAAACCCCUGGCGACACCUGCCAAGUGUACUUCACAGAGGACACACCGGCCAUCCUGUCCAAGGCGGGCAGCAACUCCAACCUGUCCGUGCUGUCCAUCGACUCGGCGCCGCCGCGGAACGCUCCCGACACCUCCGACAGCAGCAACCUGAGCGACGCGGACCUGCUGGAGGACUGCAUACAGAAGGGGAUCGCUAACGUGGUGAAAAACAAGCCGUCUUCAGUCUUGUCUUCAGUUGACUACUCAGCCCGGGAUAACGUUUAUAAAUCGCUGCCUCCGUAUCUCCGGACGUCCACCGAAACCGUGAAGAUGUCGCACGAACAUGAAAGGAAUGUACGAGAGAGUCCUCGUCCGGAGACGUCCCCUCCGGCGCCGCCGCUGCCGCCCAAGGACUCGCGCCACGCCGCGCCCCCGCGCCCGCCGCGCGCCUGCACCCGCGCACACCCCCACCCCGCGCCCGCGCCGCCCGCGCACGCAGAACGCAAACGCGAAAGCCGCCUGCCGAUAAAAACAGCGCGCAACAUAUCGAGGCAACUCCCCGCCGCCCACGACUCCUCCAGCUCCCUCAGCCUCGACUCCUUCGGCUCCACCGACCGCGAGAUCUUCGAGGAGACCGUCCAGGCCGGCCUCAGCCACGCGAGACACUUCGACAAGGCACACUCUGUAGAAAGACCGACGGAUAACGUAAGACACACUAGACAUCAUAAAUCCCUCGAUAGAAGUGACAAAAUCUCGCAACAUCCACCUAAACUUAAAGACGAAGAGUUUGAAAGAAACCUCGCGUCGGGCGUGUAUAACAUCAAAAGCGGCUCCCGCGUUAGGAGACUGGAUCAGGAGUUAGCUCUGACGAGGUCCCCUUAUUCGUACCAUGGAGAAUCCUCUAUGGCCCAUAGGUUUAGAGGUCAUCACUCUAGGUACUACGAUGACGGUCCACCGAGCUUACCCGCGAGGAUCGACGAGCCCAGAAGACAAUUAGAGAGAAGCAACUCCCUGAGCUCCCUCAGCAAUGAUUCCUUCGGAUCUACAGAUAAAGAGGUAUUCGAGCGCUGCGUCCGAAUGGGCAUGUCGAAAGCCCAGCCUAAAAGGAGCGAGAAACUCCGCGUGCGAAGCGACGACAGGUCCGAGCGACGCGACGGAGGCAGGCGACGCAAGGACAAUAAAAGCCAGGGCGCGUUGGACAGAAUGGUCGGGGAGGAGUCUCUGGACCGCGCGCUGCUGGAGGAGGUGAUAGCGCGUGGCGCGGGGGAGGGGGACGGCAAACACUCAAAAAACGUUCCCGCGCCGCCGGCGGCCGCCCCCGCCGCCGGCGGCGCCGCUCGCACACCCAGCACGCGAGAGCCUGGCUCUGAUGACCUCUCUCUCGCUCCCUCCCUCGACACGUCCCGGGAACCUCCAGCUUCGACCCUCACGAGUGACAGCCUGAAUCGCUCCAAUGAGUGCCUCGCGCCGCAAUCUGCGAAUACCACUUUAGACUCCGAAGUCCGCGACGAACUUAACCGGUCCAACGAGUCUUAUGCGGACGUCCUCGACGGAUCUUGGAGCGACGAGCCGAGAAACUACGAGGCGACGACGUUGACGAGAAAGAAACUCGAGUACACCGAUAUUAAAUACACGGAGAAGGCCUUCGAGGAGUCCAAACAUGACACGUGGAACGACAACACGUGCCCCGAUGAUGUGACGUUCCCGACCAUAAGCGGCUCCGUUCAUAUGGUCUCCUCCAUCAGAAGUGAAAUCGCAGAUGCGGCCUUAGCGUUGCCGGAUUUACUAGAGAAAAGUGAACCGGUGAUGUCCACCCGACCCGAUCUCACCAACAAGUUGGAUGAAGACACGGUCGCUUCGGAACUGCAAAUCACUGAAGACAAUCAACUCAGUGAUGUCAUGCUCGAUAACAUUCCCGAACCCAGCUAUACCUCCCUAGUUGACGACGGGGAACAGAAGUUUGAUUCCCUCAUGGCAUCCGCUAUAGAAAAAGAAGCGGCCAGGUUAGCAGCGCAACUGAAAAGCUCUACUUACGGCAUGGAAAACAGUGUGACGUCACUAACUUCUUUAGACCUAGACAAUGUAAAACCGCCGUCACAUUUAGGCAGUCUUCUCUCCUUAAGCGCUUCGGGCCAAUGGGAUGAUACGUCGAAAAAAUCCCAAAAAUCGCGCAAGAAAUCCCUCCCCGUCGCCAUGAUGGUUAGGAGAGCGCUCAGCAACUCCAUGCACCAGGGAAGCUCUGAACACUUGGACAGCAAUCCUGUCAGUUUUCUCGACAAUGUCAAACCACCUUCGGAAAUGGAGAAUUUGGACAUGGAAAGUAGCAUGGUGUCUGUGAGCAGUAUAGUGUCCGAGGUGGCAGAUAGAGAAAAGACUCCUGUAGUAUUUGACUUCAAACAGCCUAUUCAGGAUUUCCCUCUAUGUCACAACUUUAAUCUCCUAGACUUGGACAAAGUCAAUCCUCCAUCGCUGUUUGAUGAAAUGGCAGAGUCCACAGUAGAAAUAGAGCCUACUACAGCGCAUCAGCUGCACGAUGAAGUUUCGAGCACCUUAAAUGUAGUCACGGAUAUUCCAUCCGGCUCUGAAAACUGCUCGCCUCUACCAUCAGACAUUAGCAGCGUCGAAUCGACUCCAAAGAAAACGAGAGACUCCAAAUAUUUGACUCCUAAAGAGAAACGAAAUGUCGCUAAAGAUAGGUAUCAAACUUAUACUAUAAUAGACCCACCAUCUGAGUCGGAUGUUCUGACAGUGUCUUCUGAAGAAUUUAUGACGUGGACCAAAUCAGAAAGCGACAGAUCAGACGACUACGUCACAGCUAAUUCAGAAACGAAAUCAAAGAGGAAGAUGAGUGCUAAACAACGGCGGUUAGAGGACAGAGCUAGGUAUCAAACGCAGACCGUCAACAUACAGAGCAUCAUACAGGAGACAAAGGCAGUCGAUCCGCAAAUCGAGAGCUUAAAGCAGCGACUAGCCGCCAAGAAGACCAUGAAACAGAAACGCAUGGAGGACGCAGAGAGAUUCAGGACUAGAACACUCAGCGAGGACAUCCCUCCAUCCCCCACGUUCGUCACCAAAGACGCCAGCUUCGAAAACGUGGAAACAACUACAGGCUACGACAGUCUGUCUUCAAACGAGCUGAACCACCAGCAAAUCAUCGACGACAGACAGGACGAUGUCUUCAGGGAAACUGAUAGCGGGCACAACGAAGACGACUUCGAACUAAACUCGACCCAAAUGCAAACCUACACUAAGAGCUUCAGAAACUAUCUCCCCGUCAUAGAGAGCCCGGCAGCGGUGGAUAUCUGCGUUGUCAAUAACUUAAAAAACAUAGAAAUGACCGCGUCAUAUCGAAGGGCCUUGCAAAGCGACAAGGUUCAAAACCCGAGCAGCAGCGAUUUCGCCAGCUACGAAGGAGACACACACUCCGACAACGAUUCCGAAGAAGAAGCCGCUCCGAGACCUAAACCGAAGAUCACCAAACCGGAGAGACGAGAUGGCAGUCUAGAUUCAAACGACUCGCACGAGAAGGAGGAGCCCAAAGCGGUCAGGGGCAGGAAGAAAGCGGCGUACGUCUCCCCUUACAGACGAAGCAUACCCCCCGCUAAGAAACCUGCCAAUGCGCCAACUAAGGCCCCAGUAAAGGCCAUAGUGCCUUCUAAACCUAGUGCCAAAGCUCCAAGUAAAACCCCCACGACUUCCAAACCACCCAGCGCCAAUACUUCACCUAAAAAGACUCUUAACAAAUCUCCAUCCAAGAUAGCUCAAAAAGCCGUCGCCAUUCCGCUAGUAGCCGGGAAACCUUUGCCUCUAGAACGACAGGGCACUUUCACAAAGGAAGAAAGCUCAGUCCCCGCUAAAGAUUUACCGGUUCCCGUAGCAGAGAAGAAACCAAUCGUAUCUAGAUACGCGAAAACCACCCCUAAACCCGCUGUUAACAACACGUCUCCGUCUAGAUUGCCACAACUUAACCGCUACUCGAAACCUCCUCUAAAGAAAGGCGGCAGCAGCGAGAAACCUGCGCCUAAGCCCAGAUCCGCCAUGAGGAACUCCGCCUCCAACCACAGCCUACAGAGCAACGAUAGCGCAAAAACUGUAACUCUAGCUUCCAGGGGCUCCAGACAAGGCAGCACUUCCAGCGUCAACAGCGUACAGUCUUCCAAAAACAACUCUAAAGACGUAGAAAGCAAAAUAGCCAGUCUGUGGAAAAGGGUCGAGCAGACUAAGAAAGUAAUCGCCAAACCCGACAAGCGGGUUUGGAUCGAGAGCGACAAAACGGAACAGCCGAAACUAAUCCGAAGUUCCACCUUCGAGGGCCAGCCCAAGCAAGCGCAAGUCUCCACUGCGCCUAAACAGAAAACUGCAAUAGGAAUUAAAGUGUCGCAAAUUCCCAGUUUGAGGCCGAAGUCUACGCCGUCGAGGAUCACCGCGCCUCCCGUGAAGAAACCGGUCACUACCAGAGUGUUCACGAGGAAACCGGCCACCGGACCAGUCACGUAAUGUGUCAAGUAUUAAAAAACUCAGUGAAUGACGUUUAUGACUCGUAGAAUCAAGUGCGGAUCAAUUGGAGAUGUAUGGAAUAUUUAUCGAUGAGAGGUGUCAUAGUUGUUUCAACGAAUUUUAACGCCGUGAAUUGGCGUUUUAAAUUAAGAUACAUUCGAUAGGCUAGCUAAGUGUAAGCCAAAACAGUUAUAACUCAUUUCAUUGAUAAAGUUGUUAAUCGGUCACGGCCAAAACUGAUACAUGUGUAAAACUUGAGUGGAAUGGAUGCGAAAUUGGAUAUUUAAGGAAUGUUUGCAUAUUUAUUCAAAUUAUCGUUUAGGAUAAUGACAAUUUUAUUAUGCUUGUUUAAGCAAAAUAAAUCGAUCAAUGUUUCUACACACACAGAUUUCACAAAUCGAAUGGACUUUCAGUUGAUUAAUAAAGUGAUGAUAUAAUAAAAAUGUGUUUCUUUAGGUCGGAUAUGUUUGUUAAAACUGAGACUAAUGUAUUCUACAACUAUUUUGCUAAGAAAAGCUUAAGUCUCUUGACCAUGCAAUUAAAAAAGAUUUAUGUAUAACCCUUUUAUCUCUAUAUAAUGUUAAUUUGACUGCAAGUUUAAAAACCUCAAUUGUCAUUCUAUAGUUUAUUUUCUCUAUGUAUAUUUGUUGCAUUUAUUUACUUUGGGAUAUUGACAAUCCCUUUCUGACUGCAGUUUUAGUUUAAGAUAUCCUUUUGUAAAGUUAGCGGAUGACAAGAAACCAUGUGAAAAUGAACCUAUACUUACAGACAAAAAAAAGUGUUGCGUACGUAGGUAUGAAAUCUAACCUAAUAUGUUUUAUGACAGAUUUUCUAUCACUUUUAGCGCUUUUUACUUAAUCUUUACAAUGUAAGUCAUUUAAGUCUUAUUAAAAUAACCAUAGUUUUUGUUCCUAUCGAUCCCAUAUUGAGUUGCCUUCCGAUUUUCGGUUGAGAAAUAUGAGUUUUCUCACUGACUAUCGUAUCUAUACAUUUCGAUGUAAAUAUUUCACAAUAUAACUAGAUAAGAUUACCAUAACACAAUUUGUAUAUUUUUCAUAAUAUCAUAAACUUAAGUAACGUAAAUUGGAAUGUCACGUAGUUUUGCUGUAAAAAUGGGGACAAAUAUGGUAUUUGCCUCAAUUUUUCACGUCUAGUCAGUUAUAAUGUUAUUUAUAAGCUAAGCCCCGAAGUUACUCAAUGGGCUGGAUAUAGGUUGUUUUUUUCCUUCCAAUUAUUAGUAAAUAUCCAUUGUAGUUCUCUCUUUGAUGCAUAUGAAGAAGUAAAUCGUCACGAAUAUUUAAAUCAAACUUAAAUAUAUCUCCUUGUCGUAUUUAUAUCGGUAUUGAUAAAUGGUUUAUUGAAUCGAUAUAAAACAGUACGGCAGGUAAAAGUCAUAGUGAAGAAUUCUAAGAAACACGUACAUACUUACGGUCAUAAUUUCCAAAUAGUUUAAAUUUUCAAUGCUUAAAGUCAGGAAAAAAAAUGCUAGCAAUAGCGAUUAUAAUUCGACUGUUACUUUGACCAUUUCGGACUAUUGAAGCAGUCAAUAUUCUCGUUUGAAAAGUUACGAGUGUUUUAAAGUCUACAGUGGCCAUCAGAUAUAUCGAAGCGGCCGACUAACGCCUUGGCAAUAGAGGCGUGUCCAAAUAUUUGUGAGAGCUUCUGUCGCUCCGAUAUAUCUGAUACGACUGUACCAACAUUUCGUAGUAUUUUUCUGACGAACCCAUGGCUAGAUAGGAUAAAUAAGCUUCCCCGUGACGUAGUACUGAUUUUCUACCGUUACACGUAUUUAAGGAAUAGCAUAAUGUACUCGGUUAUCCGCUGUUGUAGCCAUUAUUCUGUUACGCCAGUUUAGGUAAAUAAUUAUAGUGAUAAGGUGCAUAUUUUGAUGGUAAUAAAUGAUAUUUACCACA